AUGGCGUUGUGUUUGUCCUGGACUACCCUUCGAGCCGGUCUCAUCUGUAUGGCCUUUGUCUGCAUCCUAGCCAACUUGAAUGGUAGUCGUCUGACUUCGAAAGCCGUGUUUGACCUGUUAUUUACGGAUGAAAACACAGCCGUGACGUUGCCGGAGCAUGUGGUGGAAACAGCACUGUCAAAAUUGACCGAUGCCCAGCUCGAGUCACUCUACUUUGGCGGAAAGGAGAACCAUGUCAAUGCUUCCAAUGCGGGAAAUAAUCAACAUGUCAGCAGAAUAGAGAGUCAUGGGAAGAAGAAGAUUAGAGGACAGCCAUUCCAUGAAACAGAGGAGACUGCAGAAGAGAGGAAGCACGAAGAAGAUCAAGAGGAGCCGUCAACUAGGAUAUCAGAAGGACAGCUAGCUGAUACCACAAUAAUGAGCACACAGCAAGACCGAGUAAACGAAAAGGCUCUGUUGGAUGCAGCUGCUGCCACGAAAGAGAGAAUAAGAAAGAUCAAGAAGAAUGAUCUUACUGGCACAGUGGACAACGCAUCCAAGGUUACCACGAGAGAGACGGAAAAUGCAAACGAGAAAGAGUUGAUCGAUUCAACUUCAAGUAAAGAUACGGAUAAGGAUGCCAACGAGAAUGUAGAUACCAAAGAAGCUGACAACGAAGAUACCAACGAGGAAAAUGACACAGAUGUUGAAGAACAUGAUACCCAAACCAACACACUACAAACCGCUUCUACCGCCACCAACACUACAAUCCACAUAUCCACCGAGCCAGCCUGGAGUCCCUCCUGGGUCAGUGACGAAACGGGUAGCCCUUAUACCUAUGCCAUGUUUAGUUGGCUCUGCGAUCCCGAUGAUAAGGAACACUCCAUGCCGGCAUACAAGUCCUACUUGGCCAAUAUCCUCGUGGCGGCCAAACUACUACGAGACUUUGGAUCCAAGGCCGAUUUCAAUGCCGUCAUUAAAAUGAAAUACGGAUCCAACCAUACACGAUUACUUCAAGAGGAUGAAGCAAUGAUGGAGACCAUGGGGAUUCGUGUCACCUACUUGCCACAAACUAAGGAUGGCGCCAACUUUUAUGUCGAUCAACUCAACAAAAUGUACAUUUUGAACAUGACACAAUACCGACGGGUCCUGUUUCUCGAUGGAGACGUCAUGCCCAUGAACAACCUCGACUAUCUCUUUGAAUUGUCGGAUGGUCCCAACCCGUUGCUCAAGGAAAACGCCGUGUUGGCGGGCUACACGGAACCGGCCAAUGGAGGAUUCUUCAUGAUGAGACCCAAUGCCACGGCCUAUCUGGACAUUCAACGAAUCAUUGCCUUACGGCCGCCUCAGUCUCUCAAGAGACUCCGAUGGUUUGAUCAAGUCCAGGGAUGGGGACAUGCUAUUGUCCCACCGGACAUGUACGAGUCCAACCACCCAAAGACACAGGGGACCAAAUGGAAAUUUCAUGGCGCCUUUACCGACCAGGGUCUGAUCUACAGCUAUCCAAAAUACAAUCUACGCAGCAUGACCCAAAUAUUUUCUCGCAAGAUUGUCAACUUUGGUCCUGGCCCCAAUGGGACCACCAUUGUGGAAAAGGUCAUCAAUGUCACUUCGGUCCAGACCAGUCCUUUCUCGCAAUACACACAACCCCAGUUUGACUUUUCCCCCGGCAGUUGCAUGAUGUUCACAUACAAGUAUGCCCCCGACUGGCCGGGAUGUGUCCCUCCGUAUGCGGAUCAUUCUCACUUUACCGGCAAGAAAAAGCCGUGGUCGUACCGCAAACCCGAUGAUUUGUGGGAAGAAACAAAACCACGCAAUGAUUUUUACUUGUGGUGGCGCACUCUGGAUCAACUCCAACAAAGUGGCAUUAACAUUACCUUUUCGGAAGCCACCAAAGUGAGCAAGAAUACCCGAAAACCAAAGGAGAAAAAGACCCGGAAAAAGCGUGGCAAACAAGCACCCAGCAACACCACCACGACGACGGAAGCUCGGUAG